ACCUUGAACCAGUAUUGAAUUUUGAUCAUAUGGCAAUCACAUCUUCUACAUAUCAUGUAUUCUAAUGACUAGCUGGAAAUACAUCCAGUUAUCUAAUGUUCGAUUGCUUGGAUCUUUUGGUUUAGCAGAGGUUAGUUGUAUUCGUUGCAAUUAAUUCAUUUAGAAUUAUUUCAUUUUCAAUUCUGUCAAUAUCUUCGAGAUGCAUAUGAAAAUUUUGCUUUCGAGAGGAAACAUGUUCGACGCAAGUGUCCUGUCAGAAUCAGUGUCAUGGAAAUCAAAAGGUUUGGUUUGGUUUGGUUUCCACAAUCUCUUUAUUGGAAGUUCUUACAGUGGAGGAUAAUGCUUCAACUAGUGACCUCCACUUAGACUUGGUCAUUGAAGACUUGCACCAUGUCGAUUUACAUUUUCAAGCUGUCAUGGUUGACCCAAGUUGCUCCAAUAUUGACCAUUUCAAAGAGAAAUCCAAACCCCACUGUACCUCAGAGUAGAUCACACAGGUUGUCUGUAGACCUCUGAUCCCUGAAGGUGCAAUGGAACUCUUCGGAUCAUACAGUUUCUUCACUAUUUCAAGGGAAUCGAUUGAACUUCUUCCCAAGAAUGGGAAACUCAAGGUAUUCUUAGCUGUGUUUUCGGCAGUUUUAUCAUCGUGUUUUGUUUUGUUGUUCAAAUACUCCCUCCAAUCCCUGGUGGCCGACAUGUUCGUUGCUGCCCAGCAGUCAGUCAUGUCUGAGCCUUUUGUCUUAGAUAUCUCGUUCACGCCCACAACAGGCUUGAUGAUCACGGGCCAGAUUGGCCAUCUGGAAGAUGAUUUCGUACGUCUUCUUAAACUUCAAAUAUCUUUUGUUCUUUAUGUGGCCAUCAUCUCCUUCUUCUCAGUCGUUUCAACGAUUCUACACUCAGCCAUGUCCUACAGUUCCAAGCCGUUAAUGCUAAAAGACCUGUUUUCAAGCAUUUGGACAACAUGGACACGGCCCCUCAUCGCUAUUCUAUAUGCAUCACGACUAGCGAUUGAAUGUGUCGUUCUUGUGGUUAUACUCGCCACUCCUCUCCUGAUGUACCCAAUCUGUGUGAUCUUUUGGGCUACCAUUUUCCUCCGGAUUACCGCUUCAAUUUUCUACCUCUACUUGUCCGUUGCUUGGGCAUUGGCCGUGGUGGUUUCAGUGGUGGAAGAAGGUUGUUACGGGAUGGAAGCACUUGGAAAACCUGCAGCACUAGCUAAGGGCAAGAGAGUUCAAGCUUUCUUGCUCAGCGUCUCUUUCAACGUUGUGGUGUACGUCAUCCUCGCGGCUUACAAGAUGAUAUUAGGACACAAAGGGUUAAUAAAUCCGACGAUGCAUGCACUGUUUGUAGUGAGUGUGGCUUCUUUUACAAUGAUUUUCCUAGUCAUAGCCUACAUGGUUUUGUACUUCCAUUGUAAGGGCCAGCGGAUAGAGCUACACGGGAGUUUUUUCUUACCAGUACGCUAAACAGCCAACUACACAGUAAUUGGCUGAUAACAUGUCUUAAUUGGCUGUAAAAGAUCUAAAGAUUGAUUAUCAGAGAAUGGGGAUUGGAUGGAGGCCAUUCGGCCAAGUUUCUUCA